AUGAGUACGACGCCGAUUGCGAUGCCGACGCCGACGGCGAUGCGCUCGCCUUUGUCGAGGCGGGAGAGGAGGCCGGGUUCGUCGUCGCGGGGGAGGAGUUGUGUGUUGGUUUUGGAGGCUGCGGAGAGGGAGGAGUUCAGGAGGAGGGCAAGGAUUGCAAAGGUUCUUUGGUAGAUUGGAUGAGGCAUUGUGUCUUUGCUGGUCAUAUGCGAUAUGAUGAUUCUGUCUUCGUCUUGGUCGGCGGUUUGGGUUUUUUGAUGAGAACAAGGACACAAUCGCGAGACAUUGACCACUGGCAGACUUGCACUACAUAUACAUCGCCCGGCGGCGCAGGGGCAUCUUCUUGACAUCGCGAUCCCUCGAUCAACAUCAUGUUCGAUUGGAACACAAUCCUUCUCAAC